CUCCGGGUGACAGGGUUGGCUCCGCCCAGCCAGUCCGCGCCCGCGGCGGGCAGGAUUCCAGCCAAUCGCGGCUCGCGGCCCGGCUCGGGGCGGAGCUGGGUGAGCCGGAGGCCGGAGCGAGAGGCCCCCGGGCGGCGAGCUGAGGCCCCUGCCCACCGCUGGAGGGUCGCAAAGCUGCGGGUGUGGCCGGAGUGAGCCUGGCAGCCGAGAUGAGGAAACUGAUGCCCAAAGAGGUCAUGUCACAUCACGUCCCAAAAUCGCACAGGGCACCAUGGUAGGAGGCUUGAAGAGGAAACACUCCGACUUGGAGGAAGAAGAGGAGGAGAAAUGGGACUGGGGUCCAGCAGGCCUUCGAAGCUACCAGCAAGCCCUGCUCCGAAUCUCCCUGGACAAAGUUCAGCGAAGCCUCGGCCCCCGAGCUCCGAGCCUCCGAAGGCAUGUCCUCAUCCAUAACACCCUCCAGCAGCUUCAGGCCGCGCUUUGUCUGGCUCCAGCACCUGCCUUGCCCCCUGAGCCCCUUUUCCUGGGUGAGGAGGACUUCUCCUUGUCAACCACCAUUGGCUCUAUUCUCAGGGAGCUAGAGACUUCCAUGGACGAGACCGAGACCCCUCAGAAUCCAGUGGCUCCCCCCGGUCCCCAGAAUGAAGAGCUGCCCCAGCCUGAUCCAGUCUUCUUAGAAGCUCUGAGCUCUCGGUACCUGGGGGACUCGGGUCUGGAUGACUUUUUUCUGGACAUUGACACAUCCACUGUGGAGAAGGAGCCUGCACUGGCCCCACCGGAGCCUCCUCACAACUUCUUCUGUACCCCAGGGUCCUUGGAGUGGAAUGAACUAGAUCACAUCAUGGAAAUCAUUCUGGGAUCCUAAAACUUGGAUGAUUGAAGGGUGCUCCCUCCACAUCUCAGCCUCAGUGGGCUGGAUCCCUGAGUGUGUGUGUGUGUGUGUGUGUGUGUGUGUGUGUGUGUGUUGGUGGAGGCUUUAAGCAGUGGCUGGCCUCCUUUCCUCCCAUAUCAGGGUUCCAUAAACUGUAUUGCGCGCGUGUGUGCGUGUGUGUCUGGUUACCGAAGCCUUCUGUGAAGGUGGGUCUUCCUGAAUUAAUUUAUCUGUUCCAAAUGCCUUAAUGAGACUCUGUUUCUAGGAGUCUGAUUUCCCGCUGCCACAUUUCUUCUGCCUUCUCCUCCAGUUCUUACUCCUUUUGUGACCACUGGGCCUCAGGGAAGAUAAGCUGGGCCUGUCAAAGAAUGACUGAGACUCUGCCUCUUGUACCUGGAAGGAGUAGGAGGGGCCGGCCUCCUCCCCCAAGGCUGAACCCCACCUCCUUGGCAGGACCCAGUCCCAGCAGCCUCCUGAUGUUAACCAGGCCGGACCACGUGCAAUAGGUGGAAACCAAACUGCUCCGUGCCGCGUUAUUUAAAAGAAAGGCGGGUUUUGUGGUGGUUUGGGGGUGGGGUAGGGGGGAGGUUUUAAUUGUAAUUAUUAUUAUUUUUUUUAAUAAAAGUAUUUUGGAAGGGA